GAUUGUUGACUUCAUCUGACCAUGAUAAUAACCAAAACUCUUCGUACAUUCUUAACAAUCAACAAAACAAUUAUGAAAGAAGUUUAUCUCAGACGUCUAAUAGUCCAACUGAGGUUACACAACAUAUACAUCCUUAUGUUUUGCCACCAACGUCAAAUAAUGAGGCAAUAAAAGCUAGCGCAAUAGAAAAUCAAGCUCAGGUUGAUAUGUCAGUUAAUCCAAUUUUAAUUAAAGUAAAAAAGGCUACUCAGUUUUAUGACAUGAUGGAUACUGAAGAAACUAAAUAUCCAAUGAGAUCCAAAAAAAGAGGUGUCUACCUUAUCAUAAAUAAUAUAGAGUUUGUCAAUGAUUGCGAACAAAAACGACUGGGGGCUGAAAUAGAUCACAGAAACUUACUUGAAUUAUUUAAACAAAUGGACUUUAUUGGAGAGGAUUAUAUGAAUCUUAAUAUGCAUGACAUACAAACGGUUAUAACAAAGUUUUCUUCAAAUACAGAACUAUUACAUAAAACUGACUGUUGCAUAGUUGUUGUAAUGAGCCAUGGAAAUGAUUUUAAAAGAGAUGGAUAUAUUUUCUCAUAUGAUCAUAAUCCAGUAUAUUUAUCAUGGAUUACUGACUGUUUUAAUAACCGGCAAUGCCCUUUAUUACGUAAUAUACCUAAAAUAUUUAUAUUUCAAUGUUGUAGGGGUGAUAUUUCAGAUAAUUCACUUAAUGAUGCACCUACUUCUAAAUUAGCUAAAUCUAUGGUUGAUGGAGGUUCAACUAUGCGUGCUAUGCCCACAUGUAGUGAUAUGUUAAUUUGUCAUUCCACAAUACCAGGGUUUCAAUCCUAUCGGGAGGCAGAAACUGGUACUUGGUACAUUAAUACAAUUUGUAAUAUAUGGGCAGAGAAUGCGUGUGAUACAGAUGUUGAAAGUAUGAUGAAGCAAGUUGCUGUAAAAUUCAGAAACUUUUUAACAUCUGAUAAUAAAAUUCAGACACCAUAUUAUGAAAAUAUCAGUUUUAAUACUUGUUAUUUUCAUCCAGGGUUAUAUAUUGAUACGUAAAUACCUAAACUUAUUUU